UCUAUACCAACCAUCAUUGGAUGUGGUGUAGAUAAAGUAAACGAUGAUGCCAUACCACGAAUGCUGAAGUGGGUGUGCCAACAAUCACCAAAGUCUCAAACUAUAAGCCAGGUGUUUGACUCGCCAAUGUUGAUAAUUAAGGUGGUCAUUGAGAUGACACAUGAAGAGGAGCAGUUGAAAAUUGCUUCAGGUGAACCUUUUGAAAACCUCUGCUCAUCUAUCAUUGUUCAGUUGAAGAAUGGUGGUUCAAAAAGAGGAAGAGAAGUUGUUAACGAUGAAGGUGACUUCAAAAAGAGUAAGAAACAAAAGUCAAAGUCCAAGAUGAAAAAGGCUAUUCGGAAUCUCCAAGAUCGAGUAGUGGUUGUUGAAGGGCAACUUACUAGUAUAAAAUCAGAUAUUGACGAAUUGAAGGGCAUGAUGUCAACCAUAUUGAAGCACAUUGGACUUCAAAGAAAGGGUGACGAAGGAGACCGCAAGCGGUUUGAAGGCUUAGUAGAUCAUACACUAGAAAGUGAAGAAAUGGAUAAUGCUAAGACCGAAGAUGUUGACACAGGCGGUACCCCUAAUUGGUUGAGGAUGCCAAAGGAGGAUGACACAAGUAAUGGGGCAAAACACAUUGAACUGAAAAAGAAGGGCGACGAAGAUGUUCACACUGUCGGUACCCCUCCUUGGUUGAGGUUUAAUAUUCAGUUAAAGAAGUCAAUCGACGUGUUGGAGAAGAAGGUCGAGAUUGGUUUAGAGGAGCCAAUCAAUAUGUGGAGAAGAAGGUUGAGAUUGGUCUAGAAGAGCCAAUAGAUGUCGUUGAUGAUGAGGUUGAAAUGAGGACAGUGGGAAAAAACUUCGUACUCAUUUUGAUUCAGACAUCACAGAGAUAGAACCAUUUCCCACUCAACGACCACACGUUCGGCCCGCCCGUAGGAAGCAUGCAAGUGUUUACCUAUCAACCCCAUAUACAACUUUACCUAAACGGUCUAUGACAUCAACCACCACUACCCCAUAUACACACGUUCGGCCUCUCAGAUUGUGGCGUAUUCACCAUUAAGUAUUUUGAGUACAUAGCUGUUGGUUUUGAUUUAGAUACAUCAUGUCAAGAAAAUUACAUGUCGUACUUCAGAAAACAAUUGACAUUUCAAUUAUGAACCAACACUCCUAUGUAUUGAACUUUUUUGCAAGAUUUGUAGUAGUUG